AAAAAAAACAACAGUGAUAAUUUCCGUUAUAAAUGAACUUUUUAUAAGUUAAUGAAUUACAAAUAAAAAUUCAUAUUGACCCUCUAUUAGCUAGAACAGACAUAGUAGUUACUGGCCAACAAACAAAAAUAUUAACAUUAUUGAAGUUCAAUAAAACCUUCUCAUUAAAAAAAAAAUUUAUCAUUAAACUAAAUUCAUCAUUAAUCAACUGAUACAGUUAACUUCAUUUUAGAAAAUUUGUGAACUAACUAUGUACUUUUGUUCAGUUAUUUUAAAGCUCACCUUAUUAGCUGUGUAUUUCAAUUAUCUGGUUGCAUACAGAAUAAUAGGAAGUGAAGAAGAAUUAAAGCAUGAUUCUGAAGAUGCAAUCACAGCUUUAUGCCAGGAUAUUGUACGAAAUACUUUGGCAAACACGAUCGAUUAUCAUACGGAUGACCCGUACAUUGAAGUAUUGACUGAAAUUUGGCGGAGAAAAUGUAUACCCUCAAGAAGUAAAAGUCCAAGAAGCAUAAAGAAGCGCCCAUACUACGGCUGAAUAUGGUAACAAUGAAUAUAGUGAAAAUGUAGCCUACCCAUUUCUAACUAAUUGUUACUUUCUUUAAUAAAAUAUAUUAUGAUAAAGCUUCUUGAUUA